GCAGCUGCUUGUCGUUGUCGGAAGUUGUUACGUUGGUAUUAGUGACAUCUGUAUCUAUAUUGGCUGCAUUUGUUGCAACCGUCAUUUUCUAACCUCCAUUUCUGAAAAAUAUCUCAAAGGUGGCAGCCGGCUUAACUUUCGCUUCGAUCUAGUUUUUCUAGUUACAAGCUUUGUUUAAAUUUAAUUUUACUGUCUAUUAUUCGAUCUAUUCAAAAUGCCUAAAAAUAAGCCAAAGAGAGAUACUUCCGAUUCAGAUUCCGGACCAGACGAUGAUGUUCCAGCAAAGAAGACCAAAAAGCCUGAGUCAAAGUCUUCGAAGUCAUCAGGCGAAGAAGAGAAUUCCUGGAGUCUGGGUAAAAAUAAGUUCGUUAAAUUGAGCGAGUUCAAAAAUACCUGGUAUGUUAAUAUUAGAGAGUACUACAAUGCUGACGGUGAACUUAAACCUGGUAAAAAAGGAAUCAUGCUAACCAUGGAACAGUGGCAGAAAUUCAAGGGUUUCGUUGACGAAGUUGAUGAAGCUAUUAAGAAAAAUGUUUAGAUGUACCUAUAUGUUUUCGAGGAAUUUGCAGUUACAAAAAAGUGCAUUUGAUUUUAUACUUAAUGUUUGUUUAGUUAUAUUUUGAUAAAUUGGUUGUUGCGUUUUAUGUAAAAGGGUUUAUGUUAGGUUUCCUAUGUUUUUAUAAAACAUUGGUUUGUAAGUUUUGUGGCAAUGUUCCUCUGACUUGUUUAAAAUGAUUUGUUUUGUAUAAGCUGUGCUUUUGAAUAAGUUUAAGUUUAAAUAAAUUUGGUUACACAUG